UUCCGGAGCACGCGCCGGGCGGGGGCCGCUGACGUCGGGCUCAGGUGCGCGCGCCCGCCCGCACGCGGCCCAGGUGGUGGCCCGCAGCUCCAGGUGGCGGCCUGCAGCAGUGACGGGGGCAACCGGCGGGCUGCGCCGAGAGGGCGAGAAUCCGCACUUGCCGAGGGAGCUGCGCCCGCCUCGGCCCCUUGGGGCCCCACCGCGCCCAAGGGGAUGGAGAACCUCCCCCGAGACCCCAGCACGGCCCGCGAUCCCACUCUGGCCGGCCCUCGCUAGCUGCUCGAAAUCUGCGUUUUAUCCACCACCUAGGCCUUGUCUCCUGAGUCAGUGGCGUUGUGGUUCGAAAGAAAUGGAAGAAAAGGAGCGAUGUGACCGAUUCCGUUCGGUCCUCCUGCCUUGAGGCCUGGUUGGCAUUUGCAGAAAGGAAAAUACAGCAAGAAAAUUGUAGGGUUUUUGGAGGGAGUGGAAGAGGAAGGUAGAAGAGGGGAAACAAGGACUUAGGUUUUAUAUGAAUUUCUAAAACUUCUGCACUUUGACAGCGGUGGCGAAAUACACUAAACCUUACCUUUCUAUUGAGAAGAGAGAGAGGGAAAUUAUUUUUCCUUUUGAUUCCAACCUUUUCUCUCCGUGACAAGGCAUAAAUCAUGGACACCAGAAACUAAGGUGGACCUCAGGAAUUCUGAAAAGACUGAGAAGCUUAUAUUCCUCCUCAGGAGGGAAGGGUAGGGUGUUUUUAGCCCUCUCUGGAACUUAAAACAAAAAACAUGAGUUGCGUGCCAUGGAAAGGAGACAAGGCCAAAUCUGAAUCAUUGGAGCUGCCCCAGGCAGCACCCCCACAAAUCUACCAUGAGAAACAGCGCAGGGAGCUUUGUGCUCUGCAUGCCCUCAAUAACGUCUUCCAGGACAGCCAUGCCUUCACCCGGGAAACGCUGCAAGAGAUUUUCCAGAGGUUGUCUCCAAACACCAUGGUGACCCCCCACAAGAAGAGCAUGCUGGGAAAUGGGAACUACGAUGUGAACGUCAUUAUGGCAGCACUUCAGACCAAAGGCUAUGAAGCUGUUUGGUGGGACAAGCGCAGGGAUGUCGGUGCCAUUGCUCUCACUAACGUCAUGGGCUUCAUCAUGAACCUGCCCUCCAGCCUGUGCUGGGGUCCUCUGAAGUUGCCUCUCAAAAGGCAGCACUGGAUCUGUGUUCGAGAGGUAGGAGGUGCCUACUACAACCUUGACUCCAAACUGAAGAUGCCUGAAUGGAUUGGAGGCGAAAGCGAGCUCAGGAAAUUUCUAAAACAUCAUUUGCGAGGAAAGAACUGUGAACUCCUGCUGGUGGUACCGGAAGAGGUGGAGGCCCAUCAGAGUUGGAGGGCUGAUAUGUAACAGUUCUGCCCAAGCUUCCCUCACCUCAACCCCCUGAAUCCUCUGUGAUGUGCUGUGGCCUCUCCAGUGGGUCUGCCCUUGCCACUUCCCCAAACAUCUCAUUGGGUUUCCCCCUCAGAUUUGACAGUGCAAUAGGACAGACGUGUGGACUGUUACAAGAACCAACCAGCGUUACUUGUUCCUGGGAAAGAAAUGUAGGAGCUCUGUGUGCAUAGGGCAAGCUAUGAUGGAAGACCUUUGUUUUAUUUGAGAGAGGAGAAAGAAAGGUGGGUCCUGGCUUAUUUCCCCCGUUUCUAUGAGGACUUGACAGAAGCUCUGCUGGAAUUCACUGCUGCUCUGACUCACCUGGAGAUGCUGCCUCCACUUCCCCUUUCCUGGCAACCAGUGGGUCUGAAGACACAGUACAUGCAAAGCCCAUGUGACUGGCUUGAAGGACCCAGAGCAAAAAGGCCUCUCUCAGGAAACCAUCUCCAGAACUGAGGCAGCAAUACUGCAUACUGUCUCUAACCAUUUUUUUUUUCUUUUUAGGGCCGCACUUGCGGCAUACGGAGGUUCCCAGGCUAGGGGUCCAAUCAGAGCUACAGCUGCCAGCCUGUGCCAGAGCCACAGCAACGCAGGAUCUAAGCUGCGUCUGUGACCUACACCACAGCUCACGGCAAUGCCGGAUCCUUAACCCACUGAGCGAGGCCAGGGAUGAAACCCGCAACCUCAUCCUAGUUGGAUUUGUUUCCGCUGAGAUACGAAGGGAACUCCGUUCUCUAACCCUUAAUGCCACACUUACCCAUCUUUAAGAGUGGUUUAUGGCCAUCCUUGAAGUUUUAUAAUGGAAGGUUCUCCAACAUCCCACGCCAGGUGGUUGAAUCCUGCAAUAUUCUAGCAUGACAGGGUGAGCUAGAUACCUAAGAGGAUGUGACCAAAGCCAGGUGGGAGCAGGCACAGGCCUGUCUGCUUCACUCCAGCGUCAUCCCUGCCACUUCACUGCAUUAGCUUAGGGGCACAAGAUAAACGAAAGGGCAGUUUUCCCAGCUGACCCACUCUGGCAAAAUCAGGGAAAAUAAAAGACCGUCUUUGACAUCAAAUUCCACUAGUUGAAGACAGUUGGGCAAGGAAAGUAUUGUGAAGAUAAGCCUUCAGAGAUUUGGGGCGACUAGAACUGGUAUUAGCCCUAGGCUUGGCGUCACUAUAGUGACCAGAAGCAGAGCCCCCGAGUUGGGUGGAUAUGUGCAUCAUGCUUAGGACCUGGGUUUGUCAUCUCUGUAGUUUCCUUUACAGAUCAACUGAGAAUUGACCCGCCCCCUACCUCUUUAAAUAGUUGUAGGCCACUUUUCUCCCUGCAACUUUGGAAAACAAAAGACAAGGAGGGGGAAGUAGGUGUCAUGCCACACCGCCUGUCACCAGUGGUUGUGGUUAAGGCGGGUGGGCAGGCACGGAUGACCUGCCAGCCCUUACACAUCAAUGGUCUUGGCAGGUCUGAGAGCUGCCCCACUGGCCAGACUUCUCUCUGGCAGCAGAGCCAGCCUGGGGCUUGCAUGUCAAGCCUGAGCAAGCUUAACGGGAUGAAGCUGAGGCUUUCUCCCCACUGUGACUGGAGUGCAUGUUUACACCAGCACUUUUUCUGCACAUGUAUCUUCAAUCCAACAAGGCCAUUUUUUAUGCUGAGUAACAGGCCACCGAGCGGCUACUGCAUUACACCCCCUCAGCAAGUGGCUGCAGUCUCUUCUGCACCAUUUUCCACACCAGACCUGCUUGGCACCACAGGGAGCUUUUUACCCCUGCACAAUGACAUUCCAACCACCACCAGCCAGAAGUUACAGCCAACCUUGCUGAUUGUCACAAGCAGGACCUUGGGUCCACUGGCACUGUCAGUGAUGUAAGCCAUUUCCUGGGGGGGGAGGAGGAAGCUCCUCUCCGCCCGUCUGCUUGGGCCAGUGCGAAUGGCACUUCAGAGGACUCCCUCUGCACUCGGGGUCCAUGAGCCAAUGGGAUAUGCAAAGAUGCGUAAACAUUUCAGGGCUGGUUUCUCUGUUCAUAUCCAAUUCUGGUGCUUAGGAACAGGGACCUAUGCUGAUGCCCGAGGGCAAAAAGCCCCACUUCCUUUAAGGAAGGGGGCAGGCCUGACCCUAAAGCCCAGUAAGGGGCACCCCUAGGCUUUUUGUUUUUCUUGCUUUUAUUCCCGUUUUUUGUUGGCCUUGUGCUGGGUUUGUUUACAAAAGAUGUAUUUUGUUUAACCAAAUAUUAAAAAUGGAACUCUGUACAUAAA